AGCUCAUUCUUUACCCACCCCCCCUCCUCAUUUCUUUCCCUCUUGCUCCUUUUCUCCCCCUUCUCCUCCCCUUCUCUUCACCCUCUCCCUCCCCCUCCUUCCUUCCCUCCCUCUCUCUCCCUCUCUUUCUCCCUCUUCCCCUCUCCCUCCCUCACUCUCUCUCUCUCCCUCUCUCUCUUCCCCUCCCUGUCCCUCUCUCUCUCCUCUCUCAGCUCCCUAAUAUUAAAGAGAAAAAUGCUGCUAUCGAUGACUUCCAGACCUGGGAUUUCGACUUUUGGCUAUAACAAGAACAACAAAAAGCCAUAUGUGUCAUUGUCUCAGCAGAUGGCACCACCUAGUCCAAGCAACAGUACCCCUAACAGCAGCAGUGGGAGCAAUGGAAAUGACCAGCUGAGCAAAACCAACCUCUACAUCCGGGGAUUGCAACCCGGCACUACUGACCAGGACCUUGUCAAGCUGUGUCAGUCAUAUGGCAAGAUCGUCUCCACUAAGGCCAUACUGGACAAGACCACAAACAAAUGCAAAGGCUACGGCUUCGUGGACUUCGACAGCCCCGCGGCCGCCCAGAAGGCCGUGACAGCGCUGAAGGCCAGUGGUGUGCAGGCGCAGAUGGCGAAGCAACAGGAGCAGGACCCCACAAAUCUGUACAUUUCAAACCUCCCGCUGUCAAUGGAUGAGCAAGAACUGGAGGGAAUGCUGAAGCCCUUUGGCCAAGUUAUCUCCACUCGAAUCCUCCGGGACACCAGCGGAGCCAGCAGAGGGGUUGGCUUUGCAAGGAUGGAGUCCACAGAGAAGUGUGAAGCCAUCAUCACCCACUUUAAUGGAAAAUAUAUUAAGACACCCCCUGGAGUACCAGCCCCAUCUGAUCCGUUGCUUUGCAAAUUUGCUGAUGGUGGUCCAAAGAAACGACAGAAUCAAGGAAAAUUUGUGCAAAAUGGACGGGCCUGGCCAAGGAAUGGAGACAUGGGUGGUAUGGCCUUGACCUAUGACCCCACUACAGCUCUUCAGAAUGGGUUUUACCCAGCUCCUUAUAAUGUUGCCCCCAACAGGAUGCUUGCUCAGUCUGCACUCUCCCCGUACCUUCCAUCUCCUGUGUCUUCGUAUCAGAGAGUAACUCAGACAUCUCCUCUACAAGUACCUAACCCAUCUUGGAUGCACCACCAGUCAUACCUCAUGCAGCCGUCAGGUUCAGUUCUGACGCCAGGGAUGGAUCACCCCAUUUCUCUCCAGCCUGCCUCCAUGAUGGGACCUGUUACCCAGCAGCUGGGCCACCUCUCCCUCAGCACCACGGGCACGUACAUGCCAACGGCUGCAGCUCUUCAGGGAGCUUACAUCUCCCCGUACACCCCUGUGCCUUCUUCCAGUGUUUCAGUUGAGGAGAACAGCAGCCAGCAAAAUCAAGUGACCGUGGAUGCUCCUUCAGACCAUGGGGUCUAUUCUUUCCAGUUCAACAAGUAACAGUGGGCCAGGCAAGGAACAAGGUAGAACACUAAGCACGCAGUGGAAGUGGUUUUUCUUCCCUCUGUCCUGCCACGUCCUGUGAGAAAAGGCAAGACUUUGUCUUCAGGAAGCAGAGAUGAGGCCUAGGCCCGCAAAAGAGACAGUCCCACCGCCUUUGGAAGUCAGGCUUGAGCCAAGUGUGGAUGAAGACUAGGUCUUCCCUUGCCAGUUCCAGAAGGGUGGACUUAACUGACUUCUAAUUCUUCUCACUGCCAAGGCCAACACCCCCUGAGGAAGUAUCUUCUCUAGCUACAGCUUUUCAAAAAUACCUGCUUUACUGCUUCCUAGAGGAUCUUCUCACCUGCUCUGGGUCUGGGGGCCCCUCCCCUCCCAUCACGCCGCUGUGCUGGGAGCCUUUGAAGUUGUGACCUCGCUGAGCCCACUCAGGCUCUGUUCCCACUGUGGAGAAGCAGUCGCUUCAGUUCUAGACUGGUGGUUCUCAAGGAGAUGGUAUUGUCCCCUACAGGCCAUUUGGCAGUCCCUGGGGACAUUUUUGAUUGUUGUGCCUGGGGGUGGAGGCUGUGAGCUACUGGCAUGUAGCAGCUAGAGACUGGGGAUGCCACUGAACAUCUUGCAGGGCACAGGGUCCCCAACAUCCCAACAAAGAAUUAUCUGGCUCAAAAUGUCAGUAGUGCCAAGAUCAAGAAACCUUGAUGGAGAUAGUGCUGUUCCUGCCUCCUGGUCAGAGGAUCUGGUGAAUUCCUACUCGAACCCUGGACACACUGCGCCUUUUGAGACUCCUGCAACUAGUUGAAAGUGACAAAAAUGGAGUCCUGGAAGUUUCCUCCGGCUCUGACCUUUGACACCUCUGCAUACCCUGGAAAGGCUUGUGCAGUUAAAUGCAUACACAUCCAGAAGAAUCAAGGUGGGGACUGUUGGGUGCCAUGCAGGGGUGGGCAGGGCAAAGCUCUCCGUAACUACCCAGGGCAGCCCGUCCUGCCUUGGUGUGUUUGGGCCCCUUUGCCAGGGAACUGGUCAUUUUCCUUCUUGUGGAAAGACAAUGGAGCUAGGAUAGAAAAGGGCAAUAAAUCCCACCUCACUAUUUACAGUACCAGGAGUCCUAUUAAAAAAAAAAAAGCCUGUAUUUCCUCUUCAACUCAUCUCCUUUUGCAAGUCCUCACUCCAUGCACAUGGAGACAGAGAAGAACCUUUUGCCCGUCUUCUAGGAAAUGAGAUUCUUCACCUGUCUUCUCCCAGUCCCUCCCUUAUACACUGAGAGGAGAGUUCUGCUCCCCCUCGCUUCAAGGUCAGGUGCCUUUCCACCAGACAAUCAGACUGAAGGCCGGGCGACACAGACUGGAGGAACAGGUGUUCAUUCGGCUGGCUGUCAGGAGAGGAAGGCGAUGACGCUGGGGGGGAAGGAAGCUGUAUUGGUUGUUGUACAUUGGGCUUGGCCCCAGCUUUCCCUCCCCUCCCACCGGUCCCAGGAUCGAGAACCCAAAUGUUCCCUAUCCUUAGGCUGUUCUUUUGUUCAUCCUGGGGAUGAGUGAGUGGGGGGGGAAAUGGGCAGGAUAGAAGUGUAAAGAACAACAUUGCCACUAUUCAUUUUCUCAUGGGUGCUUCCAUCCUCAGGGAGGUCUCGUCCAACAUAAAACACACCCAAGCUCAGUAACCUUCUAGAACGGUUUAGCUGGGCAGGUAGCUCACUUCCUACUUAAGGACAGUACACUGUAGAUUGGUCAGUGGUCUUGAGGAAAAAAACACAAAUCUAGAAUCCCACUCAUCUGACAGCAGCUUGGAGGAGCCUUCACGUGUGAGGCGAAGUGCAGCAGGGACCUCCCACACAGACACCACUGAAGUCACUGCUGCCCUGCUCUGCCUCCCAGAACUCCUGAAUCUCUGUAUGUGAGAAAAUGUUUAGAUUUCGUGACUUCACUCUGUUAAAUUCUGAAAUUACCUAUCGGGCAUUCUCCUCAUGUGACUCUACUUAAUGAAUUCUGUUACGUGUUUCUGGUUUAGGCGGGGUUGGCCGGGCACGGGAAGCCAUGGGGAAAAGUUAUUUUAGUAGUGGUUAAAGGCACUGUGCAACUUCUUUUCUGGUGUUUUGGGGUUAACACUCGUAUUUUUCCCUGGUUGCUAGUUCAUUUCUAACAGUUCAAACAUGGGUGAUUGGGUAAAGGAGAUGGAAGGAAUAAGGGAUACUGUUUCUCAUGAAAUAGCCUCGUGGUGGUAGGAUUGUAGGGGAGCCUUCAACUUUGCAGCCUAGGGGAUGCAUCCUGGGGAUGAGUGAGUGCGGGGGGGAAUGGUCAUGGUCAAGUGCAAAAGCUCUUUCGGUUGUUUCUGGUUACCCCAGAAUAGUGUGAACUCUUCAAUUAGGUCUUGCUGUGGUAGGCCAGGGGGCAAACCGUGUAAUGACAGCCUGGCCUAGGACAUUAACUAAUGCUAGGAAGUCACCCCCAGAGUAACGCUCUUUAAACAUUGCUGCCUCGUGUCUUCUCAGCUGUCUUCACGGAGCCCAGACGGUAGUUCCUUUGCAUGUGUCAUCUCAUCCCCACCCAUUACAUAUGCUUCUAACAUUCUUAAAACAUUCUAAUACUUUGUAUUUUUGCUUUUGGUCAAAUAGAAAUACUCAAGCACCUUCCUCAAAUGUUAGUCCUUAGCUAGGCUCUGAGCCUGCCCAUCCCACCCCAUGCCAGUUUCUCCUGUUCCUCUCACGCUGAGAUGAUACAGACACUAGGCUGCCUAGACUUCUUGGAGAGUAUGGUAGAGAUUUGGGUACAUGUGGGAAUGAUGGUGGAGAGAAAUGUUAUUUUUUUAACCAAAGAAUUUGAAGAUCUGCCCAGAUUUGGAAGCCUGGCAGCUCUGAAGCAGUGGCCCUUGUGAUAGAUAGGGGUGGUAAGAAGACAUUAACUUGCACUGAGUGUGAAAACUACAAUAGGUUAUGCUAUGCUACAGACCAUCCCUGGGUUGGGCCACUUCAGCCAUUUCUACUUACACAGCAGUGAGGUCAUUCACCUGCUUGGUACCUGCAAAGCUCACUCCCUGUGGCUUCAGUGUCAGUGCUUUGGGGGCUGACACGUGGGUUGGUACUUUGCAGCACAAAGGUGCUGUGAGAAGCCUUGCCGGAAUGGAAUUUAUUCCUGGACAGAAAUCUUGUUUUCUGGUCGGGUGGGGAAUACCAGUGCUGCUCUUGCACAUGUGCUCCACCUCCUGGGAGAGCAGCGGCCUUGCACCCCAGGCUACUUUGACCUUCUUAUCCAAGGACAAUAAACUGGGAUGGGUAAUCAGGUCUAAACUUGUCCUCAGGCUCAGAUACAUUAGCUUCAGAGAAAACAGUGGGUUUUAUGAAAGCUAAUCUGUAAGGUCUACAGCUUAAAUCUUGUGCCUUGUCAUACUGAUUCUUCCCAAUUCCCACUUAAGCCAACUACUGCAUUUCCGUGUUUACCUGCACUUUAGGUCCUUCCAGGUAUUAGCAGAUCCCUCAUAUUAACUCCACUUUCACCCCUUCCUUUCAUUAGUGGAAUGAGGGCAUAAACACCUGGUUUACAUCUUUUCUUUGACUUUUCAUGAGGCUUAGAAAGCUGCAGGCUGGAAAGGUUCAUGGUCAAGUGCAAAAGCUCUUCUGGUUGUUUCUGGUUACCCCAGAAUAGUGUGAACUCUUCAAUUAGGUCUUGCUGUGGUAGGCCAGGGGGCAAACCGGGUAAUGACGGCCUGGCCUAAGACAUUAACUAAUGCUAGGAAGUCACCCCCAGGAACAUCAACAGUGGAGCAGAGCUCAGAACUUAAGAGGAUGAGUUGGCCAGUGGCUGCCAUGCAGCUGAGAAGGUAAGCAAGCACCAAAGAGGGCAUUUGUGAUUUUCACAGGCUGGAAGUAGAUGUUCCUUCUCCAUCUUAUUUCAGUUAAAGUUUAGAGGGUUCACCAAAAUCAAACAUGUAGCUUAGAGGGUGAUAAGAUUUUCCAGCCCAAGUAAAUAAGUACUUACCCCAUUACUGGUGUCCUGUCCCACAACACACGAUUUUUGGGUGGUGAGUGCUGUCUUGUGUGCACUUACCACCUUGGACAGGAAAAAAGUUUAAUUUAUAUUUAGGCACAUUUUGUACGCUUUUUCCUUUAUCCAGAGACUUCUAGUUUUAUACUCUUCCCAUGUCUAUGCCAAUGCCACCCAUCUAGCUUAUUCCUUUUCUGACCCUGGGUAUUCUUACGUUCCUUCCCUACAAUUUGACAGAGCUUCAUUUUGUCUUAUUCAACCUUUGUUUUGAAAUAAAACACAAACAUCUA